AGGCGCAGCCGGAGCGGCGGCGGCAGCGGGAGGCGGCGGCGAGCGGAGCAUGGCCCCAGCGAGCUGGCUGUGCGCGGCGCUGCUCUGCGGCGCCCUGAGCCUCUGCAGCGUGCGGGCCGCGCCGCGGCAGCCCGACACGCUCUACCUGUGGGUCGAGGCGCCGCAGGCGCGGGCGCUCAUCGGCUUCGAGGAGGACAUCCUCAUCGUCUCCGAGGGGAAGAUGGCCCCGUUCACGCACGACUUCAGGAGGGCGCAGCAGAGGAUGCCGGCCGUCCCCGUCAGCAUCCCCGCCAUGAACUUCACCUGGCAGGCGACGGGGCGGGCUGAGUACUUCUAUGAGUUCCUGUCUUUGCGCUCUUUGGAUAAAGGCAUAAUGGCUGAUCCGACUAUAAAUAUCCCUCUACUUGGAACAGUUCCUCAUAAAGCAUCAGUUGUUCAGGUUGGAUUUCCUUGCCUUGGGAAACAGGAUGGAGUCGCUGCGUUUGAAGUUAAUGUGAUCAUAAUGAAUUCAGAAGGCAACAUUAUUCUCCAGACACCGCAGAACGCCAUCUUCUUCAAAACCUGUCAGCAAGCGGAGUGUCCAGGAGGAUGCAGAAAUGGAGGGUUUUGCAACGAAAGACAUGUCUGUGAAUGUCCAGAUGGAUUUUAUGGACCUCACUGUGAGAAAGCUCUGUGUGCCCCUCGCUGCAUGAACGGCGGGCUCUGCAUUACGCCCGGCUUGUGCAUCUGCCCGCCUGGAUUCUAUGGCAUCAACUGCGACAAAGCAAACUGUACAACAACCUGUUUCAAUGGAGGAACAUGCUUCUAUCUGGGAAAAUGCAUUUGUCCUUCAGGAUUUGAAGGAGACCAAUGUGAAAUUAGUAAAUGCCAUCAGCCCUGUCGAAAUGGAGGUAAAUGUACUGGUAAGAAUAAAUGCAAGUGCUCCAAAGGUUACCAAGGAGACCUUUGUUCCAAGCCUGUCUGUGAACCCGGCUGUGGAUUGUAUGGCACUUGUGUUGAACCUAACAAAUGCCAGUGCAAAGAAGGCUGGCAUGGAAGACACUGCAAUAAAAGGUACGGCGGCAGCAUCCUGAGCGCCCUGCGGCUGGCGGGCCCCAAGCACCGGCAGCACACACCUUCGCCGAAGAGGGCUGAGGAGAGUCACGUGCCACCCGAAUCCAACUACAUCUGGUGAGCUCGGACAUCUGAAAUGGUUUGUGCCACACAGCAGAGUUCGUAGCCGUCGUUAACCUUUCAUGGAUUGAAUGUUUAAAAUGCUGUUCACUACAGUUGAGAGAGAUUACUGGCUGGAAUUUUAUUAGCUUCAUUAUAAACCACUGAGCUAAUACUUACUACUUCUUUUAAGUUUUAUAAAUACUUCUAUAGCAUGAUUAUAUAGGCUUCUUCUUUCAGUGCUUUGGAUGGUGUUUUGUACUAUAUUUCAGUUAUGUUUAAACUUCCUUUUUUGAUUAUAUAGCUGCAAAUAUUUUCCAAAAAUUAGUUAACAGUAUUCCAGCAGAGACACUCGUAGGUGCUAACCUGAAUCAUUUCAAUGACUACAGAUUUAGCUGGCUUAAGACAAAGGCAAGAUGUCCUCUACAUUUUCGCAAUUGCGUAUUUAGACUUUUCCCUAGGAAAAAUAAAUAAAAUAAAUGAGAGUUACCGAAUUUAAAAACAGAAUAACUCAAUUCGACAAUAUUUUUGGUCUUUCAGUUUUGCAGAGUACCGUGUAUUAAAAAUACACUGUGGUAGUGCCAUUUAAGCGUCAUAAUAUAUUGUAAACAAAGUAGAACUAUAAUGUAUGAACUUUUUGCAUUGGCUCGAAGCAAUAUAAUAUAUUGUAAACAAACCAGCUCUUAUGUAAUAAACUUUUUAUACCGGUGAUCAUGUAUAACAUAAAGAUGCUGCUUUAGUUUUCCGAGUCGUGAUCGGUGUGGUCGGCUCCAGCCACAGGAGCGUGGGGCGGGCAGGACGGCUGCUCUGGACACCUUCCUCGAAAUGCGGAGGCAACUGCAAGAGUUUCCCCAUCCCUGCUUCCCACUGCUGCAUGCUGAUAAAUCACUGCCAACAGCGAGCCUGUUCGCUCCUCAGCUCUGAAAAUUAUCUCGGAAGAGCAAUUUCUUCCAGUGCCUUUGGAGAGGAGGGGUGGCACCGAAGGAUGGGCAAUGCCAGAGGCAAGUCAGUGCGAGGUGCAGCGUGUGAGCUGCCCUGCGGCGCUGUGCCUGCGGCCGUGCCGGCGGCGGGGAGCAGCGGCCUCCAGCCCCUGCCUCCAGCUUGUGCUUUCCAAAAAGCUCCCUCUUCUAAUGAAAAUAGGAGAGAAACUGGGGAGCACAAGGCACGAGAGAAGACACUUGGGCUAUGAAAGCUCUUCUGGGGGUGUGGGGGGAUGAGGAAAGGAGGAUUUUUUGAUAUUUUCCUUAAAAGUGAGGACAGAAGGAGCUUAAUUUUAUGAUGAGGUGAAAUGGGUCACCCCUCACCAUCUCCUGGCCACGACGACUGAUUGCUUUGCACGGAGUGAUGCUUCCUUGAAGAGAAACUAUUUUGGAAAUGAAAGACUGGAUCAGCUGAAUUUCCCUCGCUCUCAUUAGUAACCUAAUAUACAUUUGUAAGUUUGUGAGCACGGUUUUUGUGUUGCUUUAAUCUGCUUGCUUCUUCCCUACUCGGCUGUAUUUAUUGUCAUGCCUGCUAAUUCUAGCCUUUAUUAAAGGACCUACCAGUCUGCACAUCUACUGCUCUGCGCGUCCAGGAGCCCUUGGUGAACAUGGAUGUCGCAUUUGCUGUCACUUUUUGCUCUUUGUAUAGCAAAGAUUGGUUUAAGUGAUUGGGCACACGCUACAGUAAAAGGCACAGAAAUUCCGUACUUCAGAUUCUGCAGAAAUUUUGGCUGAACAUUUUCUGAUCCUGUCGAUUUCUUGUAAAAUGCCCUCUUAAAAAUAAUGGGUAUUCUUUUAAAAUGAAUAAUUAAUUUUGCCACUUGUUCUCAUGACAGUAAAUGCUACUUCUUUGCUUUUUGAAUUUCGCCACUGAUUUUGGGAAGGGUCAUUAAUCAUUAGUAGAAUAUGGUCAGAAAAGUUACAAAAGGAAGAAAAAACCCUGAAGGCUUGCAGUGUGUGCACACUGUAACACAACUGGGUUUUUUGAGUAACAUCAACUUUCUACAAGCCAAUUUUCUACCACUUUUUCUUUUAUGCCAGUAUGAGCCCAAAGCAAAUUUCUUGUGUAGAGGAAGUCCCCUGUUUCAUAAAAGUUUUAAGUCAAAGUUCACAAUAUAUGAUAAUGCUAUGAGAAAAAAUAAUUCUUCAAAAAAAGUCCAGCGUAAUGUUGAAAAUAAUUUUACCAUUAGAAAAUAAACUAUAGAAUUUAUUACACCUUAUCACUGGACUGUGUAUAUAUGGGGGAAGCAUAUAUAGGUGCCACAGGUGAAAAUCAGUCAAAGAAAAAUAUGAAGAAAAUUCAAAAUACCAACCUAUUAUGACAUCUCAGACGGCAACUGCCUUUUUAACAGUAUUUGGAAAAGGUUUGUAGCUAGCUAGAGAGAUGCUGAACAUUGCACUGGUAGGCAGCAAAUAGGAGAUAAUCGAAACUGGUAAGAGAACCAAAAAAAUGUCAAAUUGCUAUAGCUCUAUCCCAAAAGUCUCAGUUUAAGCAACUGACAAAAUUAUAGUUUUAUAGAGUGCUUCUAAUUAAUGGUCCGAUAAUCGGGAUAUCUAAAGUAAGCAUUCUGCUAAGUGCCGGUGUGCACAACAGUUUGUUACUGGACGGACAAGCAAACACAUAAGGCACAGAAAUAAAGCGGACACAGAAGCCCUAA